GGACGUUUCCUUUGCUCUUCUAAGCAGUGGCUGGCGCCUGGUAGUCGCUCAGUACCUUGUUCCCUUUGGGUCUAAAGUCUUCCCAAGGCCAAAAGGGAGGAGAUUUGAAAGGAGGGUCACAAAGCGUCCAGGCUUCCGGCAGCACUUGGAAGGAUGCGCGGGAGUGGGGAUGGCGCAUAGGUCAUGCACGUGGACCCGUCCACGCAGUUGCAAGCACACUCUCCAGCAGGCAGGUAAGGGGCUGGGGCCGCCCGGUUGGCUAGGAAGGGGACGGUGACGUGUGCAAGGUGGUGGCGGACACCUGGGCUUGCCCGCGUGUAGGGCGGGCGCUAGGACCCGGGUGGCGCACCUGUUGGCUGGCACCGCGCCCCGCCCGUCCUGCGCUGGGAGCAUCGGGCUGCGGAACGCGAGGCCAGGGCGCACGCUGAGGACACGGACGCGCGUGGCUGCGGGUCGGAGGAACGGGGUCACGGCUCACCAUGGCCGAACUGCUGCGGAGCCUGCGGGAUUCACAGCUCGUGGCGCGCUUCCAGCGCCGCUGCGGGCUCUUCCCAGCGCGGGAGGCUUCUGGAGAGGAGCAUGUGGUGAAGAAUUAUUUCUACUAUUACCUGUUCCGGUUUUCAGCCGCUUUGGGCCAGGAAGUGUUCUACAUCACGUUUCUCCCUUUCACCCACUGGAAUAUCGACCCUAAUUUGUCCAGAAGAUUGGUUGUGAUAUGGGUUUUGGUGAUGUAUAUUGGCCAGGUGGCCAAGGACAUCCUGAAGUGGCCCCGGCCCUCCUUUCCUCCCGUUGUGAGACUUGAAAAGAGAAUUAUUGCAGAGUACGGAAUGCCAUCCACCCACGCCAUGGCGGCCACCGCCAUCUCCUUCACCCUCCUCAUCUCUACCAUGGACCGGUAUCAGUACCCUUUCAUUUUAGGCCUGAUGAUGGCUGUGGUGUUCUCUACGCUGGUGUGUCUCAGCAGACUCUACACGGGGAUGCACACGGUCCUGAGAAGGCCAUAUAAGUGGAACCAGGCAGUAUGUAACCCUUGGAGCUUGGAGGCGUGUUCCAGUCAGAAGCAUUUCCUGGAGGGUUUAUCCAUGUUGUACUAUGCGAUAUCCUGGGUGGCGUUCUGAUCACUGCAGUCCUCAUUGCUCUGACCUACCCUGCCUGGACCCUCAUCGAUUCCCUGGACUCUGCCAGCCCCCUCUUCCCUGUGUGUGUCAUAGUUGUACCGUUCCUCUUGUGCUACAAUUACCCUGUGUCUGACUACUACAGCCCGACCAGGGCAGACACCACCACCAUCGUGGCUGCUGGGGCUGGAGUGACCCUGGGAUUCUGGAUCAACCAUUUCUUCCAGCUCGUGUCCAAGCCCACCCCAUCUCUUCCUGUCAUUCAGAACAUCCCACCCCUUACCACUGACAUGCUGGUUUUAGGUCUGACCAAAUUUAUGGUGGGAAUCAUGUUGAUCCUCUUGGUUCGCCAACUGGUGCAAAAGCUCUCCCUGCAAGUAUUAUUCUCAUGGUUCAAGGUGGUUACUAGGAACAAGGAGGCCAGGCGAAGACUAGAGAUUGAAGUCCCUUACAAGUUUGUUACCUACACAUCUGUUGGCAUCUGUGCCACAACCUUUGUGCCAAUGUUGCACAGGUUUUUGGGAUUGCUCUGAGCCCAAGACAGUUAGGAACUAGUCCGCUAAUGCGAGAUGCAAAAUGGAGAACGCUGUCGAUUCAGGUAAUCUCAAUGCCUCCUGUUUAAGGAAACCCUAAGUCAUAGUUUUGUUUUGCUGAUGUAACAUAGAUACGGCUGCUGUGGGAUUCACCUGUAAGGACACCAGGCUCAAACCACAGCUGAGCUCUGCAAGAUCACCCCUCCCCUUUCUGUUACAUGGACUUGGGACACGGUCUUGGGUGGACAGGAAUUGUGGCCCAGUUUGCAAUGGUUACAAGCCCCACCAAGCUCCAGAGACCCAGUAGACUUGAGGUACUAUGAAGGCAGGAUAGUCUUUUCAGUUACAACCUUGCCUGAUGCCGAGUCUCAAUCCCCAAACUGGAGUUUGGUCUGGGAGUAAGGGUGGCACCAUGGAAAAUCUCAACUCAUUGGACAGAAUGGCUUCUUGUGCUGUCAUCAGACUGGACUGUCCCUGAGUGGGUGGUGAGACCAUUCUAAAAUAAAGUUUCCUGUGAGGACACUGAAGAUAGUAGCAGAGCCAUGAGGCCACCGGAAGAGCUUGCUUUAUUUACCAACUCAUCUCCUCCAGGAACUAUUAGUGAAGCAAGAUGCUGAUCUGCCUUGCAGACAGUCCACAGCAUCCAGUGAUUCGGUUUCCACACUAGUGUAAGCAACGCACGACGGGCUGCCAGCUCCUCACAGGUGGAAAUGAGGACACGCUGCGACUCCUGCCCUCACCUGCCUCGCCUUCAACACCUUCAGUUGCUUGAGCUUCCACAUAAGCCUGGAAGACACUGAAUCAGCACAAGAAUGGAUGAGCUUCGUCCUCUGGAAGCCCUCACACACUGCCUCAUCCCUGUGACUUUACCUUUCGUCAUUGCUUGGCUACUUUGUAUAAAUGUCUUCAGUUAUUCACCCUCUAGACAAAAUCAGGGACUCCCUCUCAGUCUUCCCACUCCUUCUUACCUCUUUCUUGGCAAGAUUUUUCAGUUAAGAACUUUAAGAUGUUUAGACCUGAAGAAUUUUAGCACAAGAAAAGCUGCAGCCUAUUUGGAGAGAAUAAGCGGGUUAACUGUAGCUCCUGUUAGCCCUAGAAUGGUCCUCCUUAUCUCCUUAGAGCUAAGAAGGUGUGCAGGACACCCACAGCAGAGACCUCCUUCCCUGGGCUCAGCACUUCGGAAUAAGCACCAGAUGCAAUGACAUCCCGAAGGGUUCGAGUAAGUGGUAGUCAUUGGUCAUUUGAGGGAUGGUGUCAGUAAGCCAGUGCUUCACUAUAUGCUCGUACUGGACAAAUCACCCUCUGACCCCCAAAAGAGCUAAGGCUCCAACUUUUGCAUUCAGUGUAAACACCAAAGCCAAAAUUUUCUCUGAUUUUGAGUAUGUCCCAUGGUCUAUGGUUGGAAUGAUGUUCUUUGGUACUGAAUGUAGUGUUUUAAUUCCUGAAGAAUAAUUCUUGGACUGGGCAUGGUUUUAAUCCUAGAAUCAGAGGCAGGUAGAUCUCUGAGUUUAAGGCCAGCCUGGUCUACAGAGUGAGUUUCAGGACAGCCAGGGCUACACAGAGAAACCCUGUCUUGAAAAACAAACAAAAAGAAUAAUUCUUAACAAAAUGCCCAUUUUUAACUUGACAAUUCUUCUCUUCUUCGUCAUAGUUAAGAACAGGAAUGCAAAGGCCUAGCACUUGCCAGGUUUUGCUGACAGUAUUUCAGCUCCGUGGCUGGGGAGCCUGGAGCCCUGGUUUACAGGUGUGCUUGCCUAGGCCAGCCUCCAGUUGUGCAUGGCUGUUUCUGUUGUUUCUCCCCCAACCCCCAAGCUACCAAACUAGAGCUUGUAAUGCUGGCUUAUAUUCACACAGGUGAUUUUAGUUGGUUUGUCUGAAGCCUAAUGACAAAAGGCUCAGCUUCUUCUACGUGUAUCUGCAACAGAAGGGCUGUAUGUAUUGUCACAGCGGUGGAUGUGGUGAUUAGGAAGUUUAAGGCCCAACAACAUGGAAGUUGACAACUGAGUGAAUGCAUUCGAGGCUGUGUUUACAUAAUUUAGAUGGAGGAUGAAUAUAUUAGCCACACAACAUUAAACAGUGUCCUAAGAAUUUGUCAUGACUGGUCACUCUUGGAUGGACUUGAUACAAGAAAAGGGAGGGAGAAAGUAUUCACUGUAGAUGCCAAGUUUAGUUUUGGAUUCCUACAGUACUGAUUUUAAAUGCUAUGGCUUGAUCACAUUUUGCCUUUGGUGAGCCUUCUCAAUUCACCAAACUCACUUCUUACAGAGCAGCACCGGCAUCCUAGUAAAGUCUCUCUUGGGUCUCUUUUCAAAACACUUUGUCAGUUUCUCUCUGGAGAGAGAGUGCCCCCUGCUGGCUUAGCUUGUCUUAGUCCAGAGGCCCUCUUGCACUGGGCUGGCCUGGUCACCAGAAUGUGUCCCUGUUAAGUCUAGGCCUGUCCUAUGCGGACACCAAAGCUUUUAGCUUCCUCUGGGAAUCAGGAAGAAUAACACAUCCUUUUCUCAUCUUGCUACUACUCUGGGCCAAGUCAUCAAUGUAGAACCGGCCUUCCAAGCCGCUGUCCAUUUUGCUCAGACCUGUACCUUAUGCUGGAAAAAGACAUAGGCAAGACCCUUAACCUAAUACCUUUCAUGAUAGCCACUAAAACCACUUGACACUGUGCCUGGUAACUUGGGUUUUCUUGCCGAAAUACACAACUCAUCUUCCCAGGAUAAUCACAGCAUGUGGUAUUUCAGACCACGUGUUUCAGGUUUCUAUUUUGGAAGCUUUCAACUGUCUUGCUUAUGCAGUGUAUGUAAAUUUAUUCUUUUUUAAAAUAAAAUCUUUUUGUUUGAGUAUGAUUAUUAAAUGCUUUAAAAUCUAA